GCAGCACCAGCAGCAGCCACCAGUCGAGGUUUAUUUCCAGCAGAACAAGAAACCAGAACCAUUCAGCAGGCAGAAACCAUUGAUGUCAAUGUGGGAAGGUUACCAGGAGAAUCCAAACGAUAUCAGGAUUGUUCUGAUCGGGAAGACUGGCAGUGGGAAGAGCUCAUCAGGAAACACCAUCCUCGGAAGAAAAACAUUUGAAGCCAAAUUAAGCCAAAAAUCUGUCACUAAGCGAUGCCUAAAGGAGAAGACUGAAGUAGACGGUCGUUCUGUGUUCGUGGUUGAUACACCUGGUCUCUUUGACAACAGUCUGAGUCCUGCAGAGAUUCAGGAGGAGUUGGCGGGGUGUAUUAACUAUGUGGCUCCAGGACCACAUGUCUUCCUGCUGGUGAUACGGAUCGGCAGAUUCACAUCAGAGGAGAAGGAGACCUUAGGAAAUAUCAAGAAGAUCUUUGGGAAGAAUUCCGAAACGUUUACCAUCGUUCUUUUAACUGGAGGAGAUUUGUUGGAGAAUGAUGGCCUCACCAUUGAUGAGUACCUUAAAAAUGAAAGUGAAGAUUCUUUCAAGAAGCUGAUCGCUGACUGUGGAGGAAGGUACCAUGUGUUUAAAAAUAAUAACAUAGAAAACCGUGCUCAGGUGAGAGAGCUGAUCAGAAAGAUUGACACCGUGGUGAAAGUGAAUGGAGGCAAAUGCUUCACCAAUGAGAUGCUGCAGGAGGCAGAAGCUGCAAUAAAGAAGAAAAUGGAGAAUAUUCUAAAAGACAAGGAAGGAGAAAUGAAAAAGAAGGUGGAAGAACUUGAAAGGCAACAUGCAGCAGAAAAAGAGGGGAUGAGAAAAGAACUUGAAAAAGAAAGAGCAGAAAUACAAUUACAGAGUAAAUCACUGCAGGAAAUGGAGGACAAAAUCAGGAGAGAAACUGAGCAGAGAAAGAAAGAGCAGGAAUAUAGGGAGGAAGAAGAGAGACAGAGGGAAAAGGAAGAAGAAAUGGAACAGCUGCAGUUGAUGGAUGAGCUGGUAGCUUUGGAGAAAAUGAUGAAAUUAGGAUUAACAGAUAGAGUUGCUGAGCAAUCAUUGGAGAUAAAGAGACGAGAACUGGAGGAGAAACAGAAGCUGAUGGAGAAGGAACAACGAGGGUGGUGGGAAAAAAGACGCCGGGAAGAAAAACAGAGACGGCUGCAGGAGGACAUGAGGAUAAAUAAACUUAAAGAAGAAUAUGAAAAGGAGAGAGAAAAAUACGAAAACUCGAAAAAGAUUGAGGAAAAAAUUGUAAGAGAAUUGCAUGAAAAAGAGCUCAGAGAAAUGGAGGAAAAAUACCAGAAAAAAAUGGAAGACAUGAAAAGAAAAUUCUUUGAAGAAGCCAGAAAACAAGCGGAGAUGAGCGGAAUCUUCAAGGCCUUCAGUCCUUUCCUACCAAUUAUUAAACACUUGGAAAAAACAUGCAAAAUCACGUAAUAAUCCCCAGCUAUGUUACCAAAUAUGUUAACAUCACAUAAUUAAAACAGUAAAGAAACAGUCAUACAAUCUCGUAACUCUGAAAGUUUAGCAUCAUGUAUCUUUCUAUUACACAGAAUAAUUCAUUAUUUUCCAGUAAACAUCUGUGACAGAAAUCUUUGUAAAGUAUGAUCUGGUAGUUCAGUGACAGAGCAGGUCCACCAUGGAGGCAAUCCACCAGCAGUCCAAGGUUCAACGUCUGACCCCAGGCUAUUCCCUGCAGGUCGUCCACCUGAUGACUAAAUACGUCUAGAAGCAGCGCAGUAAACCCGGUGGCACUAAACCUUUUUUAAAUCAAGAAAAACUGACUAAGUAAACUGAAUGAUGGCUUAGUUUUUCAUUAUUGUAUGUAACUAAUUUCAAAAUGUUUAAAAUGUAUGAAAUUCAUUUUCUUCAAGGUGAAUCCAAAUGAAACUUCUUGUAGAUAAAGUUUUAUAUUGUUGUGUUAAAAAAGCACAUAAAUUGACCUUAAACACACGUUACUAUGAAGCUCUUAUCCUUUCAUUUUUUAAACUGUAAAAAAUGCGAAUACGUGUGA